UGGAACCCGGCAUUUUGCUACUUUUGGGGGUGUUGCAGGGGUGUGGGCUUUUUGGAUUUUUCUACUCCUUGUGCGAAAUUUUUCAUUCUUCUCAAUUGGAGGUCGAACAUUUAUUUCAGAUUAAGCAUACGUUAGCGAAAUGACAGAGGUCCAGAAUACUGCAGCAGCAAAGACUGUUCUCACAGACGCGGAAAACUUCGACACGGUGCACCCGCUGAACUCUGAGUGGACCCUGUGGUUCGACAACCCGAGCCGGCGGACGAACACGUCGAGCUGGACGCAGAACCUGAAGGAGAUUGUGACGCUGGGCACGGUGGAGGACUUUUGGGGAGUGCACAGCAACGUGACGAAGGCGGUGGACCUGCCGAACGGCUCCAACUACCACUUGUUCCGCAAGGGCAUCAAGCCCAUGUGGGAGGAUGCGGCAAACGCGAACGGCGGACGUUGGGGGAUCCAGCUCCAGCGCAGCGUUGGCGGCAAGGCCAACGAUCUGUGGCUCAACACGCUGCUGGCGUGCAUUGGCGAGACUUUUGAUGCGAGCACCGAUGUGUGCGGAGCCGUGUUCUCCAACCGUAAGCAGUGCUUCCGUAUUGCCAUCUGGACGCGCAAUGCGGCCGACAAGGAGGCAUGCGAGGCUAUCGGCCGGCACCUGAAGACAGUGCUCAAUGGCGAGCACCAGCUCGAGUACAUGCCGCACACCGACAACGCCAAGAGCGGGCCCAAGGUCCUGUACUCGGUCUAGAUGCACAUAUGAAAGAGCAUGGCAUUUUUAAUCCGCACAUAUCUGAUUCAUUUGAAAAAUACAUGUCUUUUUGGUGAGCCUGACGA